CCCCACCCCCUCCCACCUGACCAGCCAUGGGGGCUGCGGUGUUUUUCGGCUGCACUUUCGUCGCGUUCGGCCCGGCCUUCGCGCUUUUCUUGAUCACUGUGGCUGGGGACCCGCUUCGCGUUAUCAUCCUGGUCGCAGGGGCAUUUUUCUGGCUGGUCUCCCUGCUCCUGGCCUCUGUGGUCUGGUUCAUCUUGGUCCAUGUGACCGACCGGUCAGAUGCCCGGCUCCAGUACGGCCUCCUGAUUUUUGGUGCUGCUGUCUCUGUCCUUCUACAGGAGGUGUUCCGCUUUGCCUACUACAAGCUGCUUAAGAAGGCAGAUGAGGGGUUAGCAUCGCUGAGUGAGGACGGAAGAUCACCCAUCUCCAUCCGCCAGAUGGCCUAUGUUUCUGGUCUCUCCUUCGGUAUCAUCAGUGGUGUCUUCUCUGUUAUCAAUAUUUUGGCUGAUGCACUUGGGCCAGGUGUGGUUGGGAUCCAUGGAGACUCACCCUAUUACUUCCUGACUUCAGGUAAGAUCCACCUUCUAUCUAGCCUUUACCCCCCAUCCAUCCUUGUCCCUGAUGUGAUUUAUUGGCCUUCCCUGGGAGACUUCUUUGGCUCAACAUCUCAGGAGCCUGGGAGAUCAGGGAUGUAUCUCCUCCCCAUCUCCCUCCCUGCAGCCUUUCUGACAGCAGCCAUUAUCCUGCUCCAUACCUUUUGGGGAGUUGUGUUCUUUGAUGCCUGUGAGAGGAGACGGUACUGGGCUUUGGGCCUGGUGGUUGGGAGUCACCUACUGACAUCGGGACUGGUGAGUUGGAGACAGGGGCCUGAGUUAGGGAGAAAAGCAUUUAAUGGUGAGUGGGAUGUGGGGGAAAGGGUAUCCUUACUUCUUAACAUUUUUAACUUACCUGGGAGGAGGAGGAAAGGUGAGUCUUUCGAGGUCUCUCACCUCGGCAUCAUUUCUAUCACCUGCUCUGGGGAGGAGGUUGAAUGGAUUAGUCGAACUGUAAUGCAGAGGGCCUGAGGUGAGCAGGAGCGGCAGAAACCUUUGAGUUUCUGAGGAGCUGAAAAUCAAAAGUCCCCUUAACCACAAGAUGUUGGUGCUCUGAAGGGAAAGACUGGGGAAUUUGAGAGAGAUAUCUGGGAGUCAAAGGUACAGAGAGAAUAUGGGGAUUAGGUCGAGGGAGAAUCUAAUCUCUUUCCUACUCUUACCCUCCUUCCUAGACAUUCCUGAACCCCUGGUAUGAGGCCAGCCUGCUGCCCAUCUAUGCAGUCACUGUUUCCAUGGGGCUCUGGGCCUUCAUCACAGCUGGAGGGUCCCUCCGAAGUAUUCAGCGCAGCCUCUUGUGUAAGGACUGACUACCUGGACUGAUCGCCUGACAGAUCCCACCUGCCUGUCCACUGCCCAUGACUGAGCCCAGCCCCAGCCCGGGUCCAUUGCCCACAUUCUCUGUCUCCUUCUCGUCGGUCUACCCCACCACCUCCAGGGUUUUGCUUUGUCCUUUUGUGACCGUUAGUCUCUAAGCUUUACCAGGAGCAGCCUGGGUUCAGCCAGUCAGUGACUGGUGGGUUUGAAUCUGCACUUAUCCCCACCACCUGGGGACCCCCUUGUUGUCCAGGACUCCCCCUGUGUCAGUGCUCUGCUCUCACCCUGCCCAAGACUCACCUCCCUUCCCCUCUGCAGGCCGACGGCAGGAGGACAGUCGGGUGAUGGUGUAUUCUGCCCUGCGCAUCCCACCCGAGGACUGAGGGAACCUAGGGGGGACCCCUGGGCCUGGGGUGCCCUCCUGAUGUCCUCGCCCUGUAUUUCUCCAUCUCCAGUUCUGGACAGUGCAGGUUGCCAAGAAAAGGGACCUAGUUUAGCCAUUGCCCUGGAGAUGAAAUUAAUGGAGGCUCAAGGGUAGAUGAGCUCUGAGUUUCUCAGUACUCCCUCCCAAGACUGGACAUCUUGGUCUUUUUCUCAGGCCUGAGGGGAACCAUUUUUGGUGUGAUAAAUACCCUAAACUGCCUUUUUUUCUUUUUUGAGGUAGGGGGAGGGAGGAGGUAUGUUGGAACUCUUCUAACCUCCUUGGGCUACAUUUUCUCUCCUCAAGUUGCUCCUCAUGACUGGGCUCAUUUCGGUCCCUUUCUCCUUGGUCCCAGACCUUGGGGGAAAGGAAGGAAGUGCAUGUUUGGGAACUGGCAUUACUGGAACUAAUGGUUUUAACCUCCUUAACCACCAGCAUCCCUCCUCUCCCCAAGGUGAAGUGGAGGGUGCUGUGGUGAGUUGGCCACUCCAGAGCUGCAGUGCCACUGGAGGAGUCAGACUACCAUGACAUCGUAGGGAAGGAGGGGAGAUUUUUUUGUAGUUUUUAAUUGGGGUGUGGGAGGGGUGGGGAGGUUUUCUAUAAACUGUAUCAUUUUCUGCUGAGGGUGGAGUGUCCCAUCCUUUUAAUCAAGGUGAUUGUGAUUUUGACUAAUAAAAAAGAAUUUGUAA